CAGUACAUUUAGUUUCAAUAGCUGAACAAGUCGUUUGUUGUCCAAGAACCUCUUACCAAGUCCACAAUUUAAAUAAAAAUGAAACUCUUCUGUUUAUUAAUAUCUUUAUUCUUUGUGGAAGUUUUGGCACCUUAUGAUCUUUAUAUGAAACUUGUGCACCUUACAACUAUUGGCAUCAAACUUGCUUACGAAAAAAAUGAUUUAACUGUAGGAAGUAGAUCUAGAUUAAAUGGAUUGGAGUAUCUAAUUGAGACAAUGGUUGAUAAUGUCAAUAAUGACCCGACCUACCAAGAUUUCCGCAUAAUUUGUUUUUUGAUGGCUGUACCGGACCAUACAGAAAUUCUCUUGGGAAGAACAGAUGUCAAUGAUUUAUUCGACAAAAUGCUUGCUGACUUACUGAGUGAAAUAGAAAUUGAUAUGAGAGUAGGCCGUUUUGCUGUUGAGAAUACAUUGAAAAACCUUGCAUACUUGAGAAGAGAACAUGUUGCUUGGUCUUUAAAAAAUCUAAUUAGACGUCGUAUAUUAGGAUCUGAGCAGGAUGUUAUAUCGUUACCCAAUUGUCGUUUGCUUGGAAUGUACUGGAGUACACAAAAUCCAAUGGCAUACAUAAACGAAGUUAACAUUGACUCAACUAGCAGUACAUGUACCUUAAACAGUUGUGCUUCUUUCGAAACGACAAUCAGGAAAAUCGGUGGUACAUGGACAGUAAGAAACCGUUAUGGCACAGUCAUUACACUCGAGGAAAACUUACAACAAGGGCAUCAACGAACUGCACCCACAUACUAACUUAAUGUCAGAAAAACACUGGCACCUGUAUUCUGUUCUUUACAUAAUAUAUUAUAGUUUACCUUAAAAUGAUCACUAUAUACACUAUAAAAUUAAAAAUCUAAAAAUAUUAUACAUAUAUUUAAG